AUGACUCUAAGUUACGAAUAUGAUGAAGCAGACGAAACGUGGCCGUUCUUUCUAUUGACAUUGUUGUUAGUACUACUGGUUCCUGCAACAUGGGCUCAGAUAGCUGGUUUAUUUCGUUCUAAGAAGGUUGAAGAUGACGAUGACAAGUUAUCUUUGGGCAGGAUUCGUGACAAGCAUGCUCCAGAUGCUAUAUUGAGGUUCCGGGAGAAGAGAGAAGCUACGGGAUCUAAGAUUUUCAAUAAGAGAGCAGUUUUCAUUGUGAUUGGGUGGGCUAUUGUGGGAUAUUUGCUACAUAGUAUUGGUAAUAAUUCAGUUUUGAGAGACAAUAUUUCGACAGUUUUUGAUCCAUAUGAAUACUUAGAUAUUGGUGCGUCUGCAACGGAGAGGGAGAUCAGAUCCGCAUACAGGAAACUAUCUGUUAAAUUCCAUCCUGACAAAUUGUCAAAGGACUUGACACCUGAGGCGAGAGCGCGGUUGGAAGAGCAGUAUGUUAUGAUUACUAAGGCAUAUAAGUCUUUGACAGAUGAGAUUACUAGGGAAAAUUACUUGAAAUGGGGUCAUCCUGAUGGUCCUCAAUCUACUUCUCAUGGAAUUGCGUUACCAAAGUUUUUAGUAGAGGGAGCAGCGUCACCUUUGGUUGUAGCUGCUUAUUUUGGGCUUUUGGCUGUCCUACUUCCAUAUCUGGUUUCCAAAUGGUGGUCUAAUACUCAAUCGUACACUGUAAAGGGUAUUAAUGCGGAUACAGCCUCAUACUUUGUUGACAGGAUGUUUAACCAUGCACCUUCUGAUUUGGUUAACGUUGAUACUAUAAUAUCCUGGCUAUCAAAAGCUAAGGAAUAUACUUUGAAGUACCCCCACUUGAAACCAGAAGACUUUGAGCGUCUAUUGCAAGAUCACAUCAAUCGCAGACACAGCGGUGAACUAGAAAAUGUAAAAUUGGAUAUUGUUUCCCAGUCAACGAAAAUAUUGCAUGGCUUACUUGACAUUGCAACUACGGUCAGAAACACAGAUAUCUGUGUUACUAUAUUGGAGACCUCCAAGUGUAUUGUGCAGGCUAUCAAAAAUUCUCCUUAUGCACAGAUCCUUCAACUACCACACGUUAGCAAAGAGACCUUUAUGGCAGGUAGUGUUGAAGAUAUCAGAACCCUUGGUAAGUUAUUUACAUUCGAGGACAAGAAAAUUGGUCAAAUACUGGGAAUUACAGACGCCAAUGACUUAAAAGAGACUAUACAUGUUGCUUCUUCCAUUCCUCACUUGAGAUUGAUCGAUGCUCAUUUUAAGGUUCCGGGCGAUGCCAAUGUGACCCCAUCUUCAACACCUCAUAUUGUAUUAAAAGUGUUAGUCUGCUCAGCAAAGCAUAAGUUCUUUAGCCCUAGCUCAAUUCCUGCAACAAUGUUGCAAGAGGUUGAGGAUUUCGCUAGUAUGCGUGACCCCUUCAAGUUUGCUAACGCUCUUCCUCUUGUCCCUCAUACAUACGCUCCUUACUUCCCUAUUCCUAGGCGCGGAGGAUGGUGCUGUUUGGUUACCUUGCAAAAAGACAAUAAAGUCAUUCAGACUCCUUUUGUCGUCACAAGGUUGUCAUUUGAAAACUUGAAGAAUGACUUCGAUAAAAGACUAAUCAAAGACGUCAGCAAAGAAUUGAAAACCGAUGACUGGGAAAUUAGCACCAUUAAGAUACCAUUAGGUCAACCAGCACCAGCUGAAAAGGGAGACUACCAUUUCCGUGUUAUCAUUAAGUCAACCGAUUAUUUCGGUGGAGAUCUCGACGUCACUAUUCCAAUGCAAGUACGCGAUCCCGUGAAGAUUGACGAGGCCAAGGAAUACAUAUACGGUGCCGGAGACCAUGAUGAAAAUACACCAGGAAGUGAUGAUAGUGACAAUAGUGACAUUGAAGAUGAUGAAAAUGAAGAUUCUAAUGAAGGUAGUGAUUACACAGAUAUCGACACUGAUACAGAAGUAGAAGAAGACGCAACAGAGGAUAAAGAAAAAAGUGAUGAAAAGUAG